AUGGCCGGGUCAUUGCACACGGAACACGGCUUCGUGUUGGUCUGCAAGACGUACUACAGCGAAAUCCAGUCCUGGUUCGUGGCUCAGGGUUUCAGCUUGUUCGACCUGAUGAUCAGCGGCCUCUUCCCCGACGAUCCAACCAUGUUUGCAAACGUCGCCGAACGCACCAUUACGAAGCACUUCCGCUGCUACAUGACUAGUCUGGAGAUGUCCAUGAACUCGAUGGCCGCCAUGUUCAGCUGGACGAAAGGGAUGCUACGCAGUACCAAGCUGGACAACGACUCCAGGCUAGUCGACUUUGCCAGGAUGCUAGAGAAGGCGGUUGCCCAGCUUUUCCUGUCCAGAUACAUGACGCAAGACAUCGAAAUGUGUUCCGAAGGGUUGGGCACCGUGCGCAAGAGGGACUAUUUGAACACACUUGAAUCAAUCGCCAACGUAGCCGUGCAAAUGGCGUCAGUGUACAAGCAAGUCUUCAUGGAAGAGGCAAUCACCAUAAUAGUCGCCUUCUCCCAGCACAGGGCUGCACAGCACGUGUGGCUUAUCUGUCUGCGAUUCGCCGUUUCUGUGGGAAAUCACUUGAUUUUUUAA